CUCAAUCGCGCAAUCGCGAGACUCGCCGAAUCACACGCCUGGACAAUUCUGACUAUUUGUUAUGCGUACUACGUCAUUGAAUCGGGGUAUAAUAUUCAAGAUGGUGCUCGAAAGUACAGUUAUUUGUGUUGAUAAUAGUGACUACAUGAGAAAUGGAGAUUUUGUUCCAACUAGAAUGCAAGCUCAGCAGGAUGCAGUGAAUUUGGUCUGUUUAUCCAAGACGAGAUCCAAUCCAGAAAACAAUGUUGGUUUAUUACAGAUGUCAGGGACUGAGGUUCUUGUAACACCCACAACAGAUGUAGGCAGAAUUUUAGCCAGACUCCAUGAAGUCGGUCCAAAAGGAAAUAUCUCAUUUGUAACAGCCGUCAGGGUUGCACAUCUUGCAUUGAAACACAGACAAGGAAGAAAUCAUAAACCUAGAAUAGUAGUGUUUGUUGGCAGUCCUAUAGAAGAAGAGGAAAAAGAUAUUGUAAAGAUGGCUAAGAAGUUGAAGAAAGAAAAAGUGAAUGUAGAUGUUAUUAAUUUUGGAGAAGAGGGAGUAAACACAGAAAAAUUGACUAGUUUUAUUAAUGCUAUUAACGGUAAAGAUGGGACAAGUUCGCAUUUGGUAACUGUACCACCAGGACCAAUGUUAUCUGAUGCGUUAUUGAGUUCACCAGUUAUUGUAGGAGAAGAUGGUACUGGCGCUGGUAUUGGAGCUGUUGGAUUUGAAUUCGGUGUGGAUCCAAAUGAAGAUCCUGAAUUAGCACUGGCUUUGCGUGUAUCUAUGGAAGAACAACGUGCUAGACAAGAGAAAGAAGCAAGAGAUACAGUUACAGCCUCCAUAGCAGAUACUCCAGCAGAAACCACUCCAGCUACUGGUGAUGAAGCAUUAUUAGAGAGUGCUAUAGCUAUGUCCAUGAAUGAAGAAGGAUCAGCAUCAGAAUCCCCAGAUCUACACACAAUGACGGAAGAUGAACAAAUAGCAUUUGCAAUGCGAUUAUCUAUGGAUCCCAGUGCCAGUGAUACAGAAACACCAACUCCAAUGGAUGUUGAGGAGGGUGCUGGAACAAAAUCAGGAGAGAAAGCAGAGGAUGAUGAUUACUCAGAAGUGAUGAACGAUCCUGAUUUUUUACAAAAUGUUUUAGAAAAUUUACCUGGUGUAGAUCCUAAUAGUGAAGCUAUACAAAAUGCUAUGAGCUCUUUACAAAAAGAUGGUGCAAAGAAAGAUGAUAAAGAUUCAAAAGAUGGAAAGAAAUAACUCCUGUUUGUGUAAAACUUAUUUAAAAUAUAAACAAUAAAUUACAUUUAGAUGUAUUUGAGGAAUAUGUGAAGAAGUUCAAUUUGCAUUCUCUAAGGAUGAUAUAUCUCAACACAAAGUGAAUUUGUUAAAAACAAAGGUUAAAAUAAAUGGGUAUGUGAUUGGU